AUGGAUUUAACACUCGUAGUUAAAGUUCUUGGUCGAAGAGUGGGUUACAAUACCCUGUACAAUUGCAUAUAUGGUAUCUGGAAGCCUUCCUUCCCUCUCAAACUUAUAGAUAUUGAGAAUGACUACUUCCUUGUGAAAUUCAACAAUUAUGGUGACUAUUUGAAGGUACUUACAGAAGGACCUUGGACUAUUUUCGGGCAUUACUUAACAGUUAAGCCAUGGUCUCUUGAUUUUCAGCCAAGCCAAGAUUAUCCUAGCCAUCUCAUGGCAUGGAUUCGAUUAUCGGGACUCCUAGUCACCCUGUACAAAAGGAGUUUCAUUGAAGCUAUUGGAAACCAGGUUGGCUCUGUGAUCAAAAUCGAUUUCCAAACGGAUAAUGGUUGCAGGGGGAGUUUUGCACGCCUAGCCGUUAGUCUCAAUCUCCAUCGGCCUUUGGUAUCCAAACUCCUCAUCAAUGGUCAUCUUCAAAUCAUAGAGUAUGAGUCUCUUCCUACUAUUUGCUUCCAUUGUGGCAUUUACGGUCACCAUAAAGACAUUUGUUCGCAACUACCAGUACAAGAAGAUGUUCAACCAGCGUCUGAGGUUCAUUCGGUGCAACCUCCGACGACAGAUAAUUCAGUCUAG